CUAUGUUGAGGACUUUCAUUUUCAAGCAUGAGUUUAAACAACGCUCCCUCUAAAGUGGAAGUGAUGGGAUGGAAUCCCCAAAGUCUAGCUGACUACAUGAGGAGGCUUAAGUUAUCUGGCUGCGACACAUGUGUGACAAAGGGCAGCAUAACUGGAGCCCGGUUCAUGCAAAUGACUGCACAUGAACUUCAAGGGUUCCCCAGCCUUUACGUCCCAAUAAUUACUAAGAUCCAAAGUGAAAUCAACAAGGGGGAACAGAGGAGGGCCUUGGGUCAUACACCAAAGGCACAAAAGUACCCAAAACAAGUAUUUGUACAGAAUGAAGAUGUUUGGGACUCUGAUGAGUUUGACAAUGACAGUGAUGAUGACUGUGAAGGGCCACACCAGGAGGAAGGGGAAGACAGAUACAUCUGUGCUCUGAAUGAGCCACAAACAGCUGAGCAACGAGACAGUGACAAGACCUAUAAAGAGAACUACGAGAGACCUUCCUCUGAGGACAUAAGGAAGCCAACUCCAGCUCCAAGAGGGGCUACACUUCAGGACAAUCCGGUUAAUGAGCCAAUCCCUGCUGAAAGGACCUUAAAACCUCCACACCCCCGCCCACCAAGAAUGACCCCUCAGAGACCUCUUAGAGCACCAGCGAGCCAACCCAGUCUGCAUAUCGAUAGGAGCAAGAUGCCUGGGCAAUGUGGCCCAUCCCAGACAGACCUUUCGAAACCAAAGGGCAGCGCUGUCAAGGCUCCUGGAGUUCCCAGACCUACAGAUGUGGCCAACAGAACAUGUAAACUCAUUCCAUGUCCUCCAGUGCCAAAACAGCCUGUUAAGGUUAACAAUUCAAUACCAGGACCAAGUGAGGGCUUGGAUCCCAGCUGGUAUGUAGGGAAGGUGACCAGACAUCAAGCUGAAGUUGCAGUCAGAGAAGCAAACAAGGAUGGGGCAUUUGUGAUUAGGGACAGCUCACAAGGCGCGGUUGAGCACCCCUACACCCUGAUGCUGUUGAAACAAGGCAAGGUUUACAACAUUAUGAUCCGUAACCAAGGCAACUCCUAUUCCCUCGGCACUGGCCUCAAAAACAUCAAGAAUUUCCCCGGGGUGAAGGAGAUGAUUACCCACCACACACACACCCCACUGCUGCUCAUUGAUGCCACAGACCAGAGCUCUGAAGCGCAAAGCCAGUGUUGCCUGCUGCACCCUGCGGGACUCUGACAACCAACAACAAGCUUAACGUGGGUGUUUGCAUCGGUCACUGUAUGCUAAUGUAUGCGACUUGUUCACAAGCUUUUUUUAAACAACCAAACAAAUGUCACAAUUUUCACAAAACAAAAAGGUCAUAGUUAUGUAAUUUCUCUUUUUAGUAACUCCACUUGUACUUUUAGUUAACAGAAUGAGAGAAAAAUGAAUGACUAUUACAUGACUGAUGGAUUGUAUAUUUUAUUAAACAAUGUUUUCAAGACGCA